AUGACUCCCAAACCGGCGCCCAAGAGGGGAAGACCACUUAAAAUCACCCCAGCCAAGAAGACCGAGAGGUCAUUUAGUGAUGAAUCUAACCAAGACACUUCUCGGUCUAAUACUCAUGAAUCUAGCCAUGUCCCUUCUACGACGACUCCUCAAACUAAUCAAGACAAUUCUCCAACUAGCCAAGACAAUCGAGUGACUCAAGCCAAGCAUGCUGUCAGGUUUGAUGAGUUGAGAAAGGAUCUAAAGGAGCUGACAAGGAAUAAUGUUGAUUCAGAUUCAGUGGAGAAGGAGUUGGAGUUGAAGAGGCUUGAUGAUGGGUUGAAUAAUGAUGGAUUCGAGAUAAAAGAAUAUGUUGUUGAUGGGUUGAAUGAUGAUGGAUUGGAGAAGAAAGAAGAGAUUGCUGAUGUGUUGAAUGAUGAUGGAUUGGAGAAGAAAGAAGAGAUUGCUGAUGUGCUGAAUUAUGAUGGAUUGCAGAUGAAAGAAGAGAUUUUUGAUGUGUUAAAUGAUGAUGGAUUGCAGAUGAAAGAAGAGAUUUUUGAUGUGUUAAAUGAUGAUGGAUUGCAGAUGAAAGAAGAGAUUAUUGAUGUGUUGAAUGAUGAUGGAUUACAGAUGAAAGAAGAGAUUGAUGAUGUGUUGAAUGAUGAUGGAUUGGAGAAGAAAGAAUAUGAUGCUGAUGUGUUGAAUGAUGAUGGAUUGGGGAAGAAAGAAGAUGUUGUUGAUGUGUUAAAUGACUUAGAGAAAAACAAAGAUGAUGAUGUUGAUGUGUUAAAUGACUUGGAGAAAAACAAAGAUGAUGUUGCUGAUGGGUUGAAUGAGAUGGAUAACAAAGAAGAUGAUGCUGAUGAGUUGAGGCGGACGAAGUUUAUGGAAAAGAAGUGGUUGGAGGUAUUAAAAGAACAUGAGUUGGAAAAGAAGCAGGUUGAGUUGAAGAUGGACGACAAGGAAGAUUUGAACACGAAGAAGAAGGAGUUUGCCACGAAAAAGAAGGAGUUGGGCACAAAGAUAAAGGUGGAGUUGGCCAAGAAGAGGAAGGAGGAGUUGACCAAGAAGAGGAAGGUAGAGUUGGAGAAGAAAAAGGAUGGUGAUCAGGAGUUGGAGAAGAAGAAAGAUGGUGAUCAGGAGUUGGAGAAGAAGAUAGAUGGUGAUCAGGAGUUGGAGAAGAAGAUGGAUGAUGAUGUGAAAGAAAUGACUCCAACAAAUUUUUUGGGAAAACAGUUUCGGAGAAAGAAGAAGUCCAAAAAAUUGGGGAACUACACAAACCCUAAUGGAAAAAUAUUUAAACUUAAUGAUCUGGUAACGGUCAAUCCUGUUUUAUGUUAUGACAUUGAACAGAUGGAUGAGUUGAACAAUUGGAUGAAGCUGGAGGAGGUGAAGGAUAAAGACAUGAAGGAUCUGUGUACUAGCGUAGCUGAUCAAGAUUUGUUUGGCAGAUUGUUGAAGCCUUAG